AUGGCCCAGCUGAGAUGUCUACGAGGACAAAAUGGCCAUCGAGGAAAAUAUAUUGAAAAUGUUGGGCAUCGACAACAACAAAGACAUAUCAAGGAAAUAAGGUAUCUAUCUUAAACAUUUAUCAGACUUGAAAAACGUUUUAUUUUGCACUUUUGCGAUAAUAUGAACGAAAUUUCUGAAAACCAUGUUUUUGUAAUUUGUUACAGAGAAAAAGCAGAGACUGCACUGUGGUUUUCUGAGACGUAUGGGCUGACUCCAAAAUCGUUGAGUCUGGAAGACAAUACUGGUCAGAUGAUCAAUGUAAACUUUAAAAGUCAAGAAUUUAAUCAAGGUAACUACCAUUGCAUAGGUUGUAAUGAUCACUAAGGUCCAGUUGUCUGAAGGUAACUAUAGUUCACCCUAGUUUUGUUUUAUCAAAAAACUUCAAUAUCAAGAUUUAUUUCCUUUAUUGCAAAGAGUACUGUCUGUUCAGAGGGGAUUCAGACUAUGUCAUCGGAGAAGAACACAAGUAUUUUAAAAAGCAACAAUAAUCUCAAAACAAAGUAGGCUUGUUCCUGGAGCCCUACAAUAUGUCUCAGUACAGAAAUUAACUCUCACUUUGCAAUGUUAGCUAGGCUUUAAUACUGUUUAGUGUGUGCAAUUUGAUAACUAGGCUUUUUCUAUUUUUUUUUCUCACAGGCCAACCUAAUAAGCCCUAUGACAAUCUUGAUAAGGAGGAGAAGGAAAAGAUCAGGGCCCUCCUAUUUAUUAUGGACAGAUUUUCAAUUUCACUGGAGGGAUAUCAUGAACUAACGCAAGUCGAAAAGAGUCUCCCCAGGACAUAUUUAAUUGAAAGCUACACCGAGGUUUUGGACAGUAAGUGGCAAGUCACACGGACACCAGGAGAUGCUCCAGGUGCAGAGCUGCCGUUCAAACUUCUACUGGAGCAUGAAGUUCGACAGCAUGUAAGUUGUACUAUAAUCUGUUUUGACUAAUGUAUUAGAUGCCCAAUGUAAAAGUCUUCAGAUACAAAAAAUCCUUUUCACAUAUCAGCCCAAACAUGUUUGAGCAUGUUUAAAAUGUUUAAUAUUAAAGUCAAAGAGAUAUUGCCAACUAUACAAUAAGUUAAGCCAAGAAAGAGAAUGUUAAUUGUUUCCUGUGUUGUAUUCUUUUCAUAGCUGAAGAAUAUUGAAUUGCCUUUACAAAAUAUUAAAGUGAAGAUAUCAGGAGAUGGCACCAGAAUGUCCCACAGCAGCAAUGUCUUUGUGUGUUCAUUUGCCAUUGUUGAGAAUGGACAAAAUUAUUUGUCAACCUCAGGUAAGUUACUUAUAGGAAGAGCAACCAACAUGAAAUUUCUCUUUAUAACAACAGCAUAACUGUAUCACAAUAAAAUUAAACUUUUAAAACUAUUUAUCAAACAACUAAACCAUUUUUAGACGAAUGCCACCUUACAUGUAGCAUGAUUUGAAAAAAAAAAUCCAAACACUAUUUAAAAAUUUCCUUUAUUUGCACAAUUUCAACAUCGAAAACUAGACAUUGACAGCAAAACAUGCUUGAGGUGGUCUCUCACACACUGGAAGUUUAAUGAAUUUUUUUAAAAAAUUUUCCUUUGUAGGAAACCACACCAUUGCCAUCAUCAAGGGAAAGAAGAAGUACCAGACUCAAAAAGCA